CUCAACGAGACCACUACCUCCACCACCGCUCCAUGCCUCACCUCACUGCACGUCUCUCGUUGUCGCACAUUUACAGCCCUCGCUUUCUUUCUUCUCCCUCCUCUAAUCCUCUCCUUCCCCCAGCUUGUUACCUUUCGGCUUCCUCUCUCGGCCGGUCUCUCCCCUCUGAUCUUGCGGCCGGCUGGAUACCUAUUACCGGUUCCAUUUUAAUUUUGUCCCGCACCGGGCGCGCCGUCCGUUAUAUAUAGCCAGCUCGAAGCUAGCAACUGCCACACACACGCCUGACGCCAGCCGGAAAAAGAGCCAGCAAGCUUGUUAUAUACAGAAGAAUCAUAGCCGGCCAGCACACUGCUGCUAGCUAGGUGGCCAUCCUAGUACUGUGCACCUCUCAGCGAGCUAGUACUAGCAUAUAGCAUGUCGUCGAGCAGCCGGAGGUCACGCUCACGGCGCGCCGGGAGCUCGCUGCCGUCGUCGUCAAGGAGGUCCAUCUCAGAGGAGCAGGUCUCCGAGCUCCUCUCCAAGCUGCAGGCGCUGCUCCCUGACUCCCAACCUCGUAAUGGCGCUCACAGGGGGGCGGCGUCGAGGGUGGUGCAGGAUACGUGCAGCUACAUCCGGAGCCUGCAGCAGGAGGUGGACGACCUCAGCGAGACGCUCGCCGCGCUGCUCGCCUCCGACGCCGUCCCCAGCGACCAGGCCGCCCUCAUCCGGAGCCUCCUCAUGUGAUCCAAUUCCAUAUGUCCGUGCUGAUGAGAGCUAGCUAGCAAAGCUCGGCGCAUGCGUCCGUCCGUGCCCUUUGAAUCAAGCAUGCCUGGCUGGGCUAGCUUGCUGCUAGCUAGCUACUCGGUCAUCAUCAAAGUAGCUAGUGUGUGAGAUCGUUGAUGCAAUUUGUGUUUUAUUUCAAAGUUUUGCAUUGUUUGGUUGAUUCAUUAGUUUGGAUUUGCGAUUGAUUUGCCAAAAAAAAACAAUUAAAUGGGAUGACAUGCAGCAUAAUCGGUGGGUCUAAUUACAGAAGAUACCAGCACUGUGCUGUACUGUCUGCUAGCUCUAGCUAGUGAGCGAGCGAGGGAGCGAUAUCAGCUUUCGUGUAGGUUGCUGUACGUUGAAAGGGCUUAAUGCGUGUUGUUUAGUGCAUGGGUACGUGCUUUAUUAGUUUGGGAGUACUUGCCUCUUAAGACCGGUUGUUUUCUUUGAUGGGUCACGCUUGAUAAUUGCAGCUAGCGCUCUUGGAUGUAUGUGUGUCUCUGUGUAUAGUACUAGUGCCACGUGCACGUUUUAUAUAUCGGAGCUACCUAAUUUAAUUUGGAGUUUAGAUGUGAUGAUUUGUACACCCUUUUUAUGUAACCAUAUGUAAUUUGGACGCCACUCUUCCUUAAUUAUUUUGGGUUUGGAUGCGAGUA